CUAAUCUCUCGAAUGCUCUAUAAAAGGAGUGGUGGGUAGGAAGGGAAGCGGGUUCUCCGGCGGACGGCGGGUGGAGCCCAUACUCAAGAACAAAGAUAGCGUAACCCAUACUCCGGCCGGGACAAGUCGGGAUCCGGGCGGAAUUGGCGAGAGGGGAGGUGGAACUCGUACAGGAGGAUGAAGGUAGUGUUCCUGUGGGAGUAAUGGUGAAGUGAUCGGUGGGUGAGCUUGAGAGCGGUGAGGCGUGUGCGGGCCUAAGCAGGCAGUGGGGAGGGUUGUUAUGGUUCCUGCGAUGGUGUUGGGGACGACUAGGUACGCUUAAGGAUCCAAAAACAUGACAAUUCAACUUAAGGAUCCAAAUUAAGUUUUUGAUAACGAUGUUUGUUCAAAGUCGGAUUCUAUAUAUAGGAUCCGAUUUCUUAUCGAUGGAAUUUGGAUGUAGCUAUGUUUCAUUAAAAAACUUGACAACCUGACCCGGCUAUAUGACUUGUGUUAAUUAAUUUUUUUAAUUUAGAUUUACAUCUAAAUUCUCCUAAACUCUUGCCUACUUUUACUUCAUUUCCAAAAUCUGAGUCGAUACUUAGAUUUUGAUAUUAUUUAGAUUAAAUAGAUUAUAAUAUAAAUUCAAUUCUAUCUCAAUAGUACUUUGGAAUUUUUAAAAAUUCAAUAUUCCACAUGCUAUAUCAUGCUCUUUUCCCGUUCUAAUAUGCUACAAGUUCGCUAUAUGGAGGACCAUUGUGAUAAGGGUCGUUUCAGCUUGGGAAAUUAUUAACUUUUGGUUGGUUAGCCCUCUAAAAUCAUGUGCCAAAUUAAAUUUAGGAAAACUCGAAUCUGAUUAAUAAUCAAGUUUGGAUGCUUUAGAUCUUGCUCAUUUUAAUGUUUCAGAAUUUGAAUCUGAGCUUGGUUUUUCUUGUCGAGUUUGGAUUCAAAUAUAGCAUGAACUCAAUCAGAAUUUGACUAGUUUACAAUCCUAGCGACAUCGAGUUAUGUUGUGGAAAAGGAGGAAAAUAGGAUCUUUUUGGUAUUGGACUACGGUUAUGAGUAAUACAUUCAUUCCUUUUCACCUCUAGUUAAUGACGAUUUGUGGUUAAUUGGAGGCAUGGCAAGCUAACAGGAGGGGUCUUCUUUCAAAUUUAAUUAACAUAAUUCAAAUCUAUCCAUAAAAAGAGGCAAGAUUUUGUAUAUAAUUUUGAUAAAAUCUUGUCUGUGAUAUGCAAAAAAAACAAAAAAGAAUAGGUCUCUCUCUUCAUAAUUUAUUCCUUACCCUAUCAAGUAUUUUAUUUAUGGUAUGCUUCUCUUAAUAACAACCAGUUUUUUCUAUUACAUUCCGCGGGAAGACAAGGUCCUAAGGAACUCAGAAUAAAGAGAUUCAAAGUAGAAGGGAAUGACUUUGACAGCAAAGGAAAGAAGAUAUCCACAUUGUUUAUACAAUUAGGGGUAAAAAUGGAUUGAAUAAAAACCAGUCGAAUUUAUUUUUAUAUUUGAAUUUAUCAAGAUAUAAAUAAAAAUUCGAGCAUUCGGUUAAUAUUUGUAUUUAUAUUAUAUUUGUCAAAGAAAAAGCACCCGAUUUAUCUCUAAAUAUUCAAUUGUAUUUGUAACUCUAUUUAGUUUUAUAUAAUAUUCAUAAACUUUUAAAAGAAAUAAAUAACCAUAUUAAUACGAUAUUAACAUAGUUUAUUAUCUACUUAGUAAUAUUUUUAAUUAUAUAAUCAUAAAGUUUAAUUAUCAAUUAUUACAUCCAAUUGACAUCUGUAUUUCUAUUUAUUAAACAAAAGAAAUAUAGAUAAUUAAACUAUUGUAAUAAUUUAGAAUUUAAUUCAAAAAAACUAGUCGGAAGGUUUUUUUUUGGAUUUCUUAGUUUUGUAUAAGUACGCAGGAUCUUUUCAGCGAAUUACCGAUGUGUAACUAAACACAUACCCACACGGGUUCUCACAUAAUCACAUUCUUCCUUCGUUUAAGUCGUGACAUUUUCGUCAGGCUAAGCGUUAAAAUCCAGAAAUAUUAGUCGGAAGGUAUUUUUUUGGUUCUUAGUUCUAUAUAAGUAUCUAAAAUCUCUUCGGCGAAUGUAAAUAUCUGUGUUGGUGUGUGUUUAGUUCUACAUGAGUUAUUCGCUGAGGAGAUCUUGUGUGGGUGAGGUUUUGGGUUGUUAGUCCUACUAUGAAAUCAAUGGAGGAAUCUUAAUUGUUUAGACAUCUUUGCGGAUGGUUAAUUUAGAUGGUGCUGUUGGUGUAAAUAGAGGCUGAGAGUGGUUUUCUAAUUAGAGACCAAGAAAGUCAGAGUGCUUUUUAUGGUCAAAGCAUUUACCUCCUUGUACACUGCUGCAAGGGGAGUCAAGGGCAGCAUGAAAAGUAUUAGUUGCCGCUAGAUGUUUGUUUGAUCCUCCCUAUAUCCUCUUGGAAGGUAACUCCAUAGCAAUACUUUUUUUUUUUAAAUUAAUAGUCCGCAGAAGGCCACUUAUGAGGAGCGUUCACUGCUGCAAGAUAUUCUACAAAUUAAGAGUCUUUUUGGAUUUUUUUAUAGAAUUGGGUUAAAAGUCCUAUAAUUUGUGAAUUGAGUUAGUACAACUAAGAAGAUUCCAAAACUAUAGAUUAAGCUGAGUUUUUUUUUUUUAUAAUGAGAUUUGGGCCUGCUCAUUUCAAAACUAUUUCUAGGUAUUUUAUAACUAGUAGCUGAGCCUAGCUUAGCAUGUGGUCUUGUUAGUUGUAGUGGCCAUUGGCCAAUCAAUGAAUCCUACAAAAUCUCAUUCUAAUUUGUAGAAAAAUCUAAAUAGAUUCUAAAGGAUUCCCUCCCUGCUGCUCAUUGUCUGCUCAUACCUUUAUCCCAUCGCAUCAGGGCUCACUCAUCAAACGAUCUUCGCAGUGAAACAGAGGAGAUUGGGAUCGAGUUGCUGCUGGCAAGGUGUCGUGAGGCUGGAAUCUCCCGAGCAUGUUCAUAUGGAUGCCCCAAAGAAUCUCCAAGUCCCAGGGCCAACACUGAGAUUAUGGAGAUAAUUUAUAAAACAAAAAUGGAAGAGAAAAAAAGAAAGCUAAAACACCCUUUUUUUAUUCGUUCAGGUCACUCUCGAUCUCUCGUACGACAAGGAAAAACAAAUCUUUCAAGGAGGUCAACUCGGUCAAUGAGCCAAGAACGCCGUAAUAAUGCUUAUCCCGUGCCGUGUGCGUGCCUGGUGUUCGCCCUAACCCGGCGAGGGAUUUGCCGGAUUCGUUGACAAAAUUUUCACUGUUUCUAAUUUCAAAGCUUCAGACUCCCUCCUUACUCAUUUCCCUUCGCUUCUUCUCCCUUGUCUCGACCUCCUCCUCCUUCCCUCCCAUCCUCUCCGUUCUCGAUCUAGGGUUAGGGUUAGUUUCUUCCUUUUCCUCUAUGGAGAAUCCCACGCUGCGGCUGGUCGUAGAUAAGGGCCCGAAGGAGGGCGAGACCCUGGAGUGCAGGCCCGGUGCCCUCGCCCGCAUCGGCCGUGUCGUGAAGGGCAACACCUUCGCCAUCCGGGACCCCGGUAUCUCUCAGAAGCACCUCUCCUUCGAAUUCCUCUUCGAUACCUCCCGGUGGGCUGUCUAUGACCUUGAUACCUCUAAUGGCACCCUCGUUAACGACGCCAAGAUCGCGCCCUCCGCUCCCUUCCUCCUCUCCGACCGUGACUCCAUCAAGAUUGGCGAGAUGACUUCCAUAUCGGUCAGGAUAUCCGGGGAAAGCCCCCAUAUUGAGGCGCCGCCGCCGCCGCCGGAGGAGGAGGAGGAGGACAGGACUUGGGCUCGGCGGCGGGGGCGGAAGAGAGGAGCGCCUCGUGCCAGAUCUGUGGCCGAGCCGCCAUCAGAUGCGGUCGUGGAGGAGGGAAGUGAAGCGCCAGCGAGAUAUGGUGGGAGGGGGAGAGGGAGAUCGAAGAAAGCUGCUGCUUCUGCUAUAGUCUCGAUGAAAGAUGAGAUCUUGGAUGCGGUGGUGGUGGAGGAGAGUGCUGAAGUAUCAAAGAAUGCAGGGAGGGGGAGAGGGAGGGGGAGAGGGAGAGGGAGGGGAAGACGGCCUACGACGAGGGCUUCUUCUGCUAGGGUUUCCAAGGAGGAGAAGCCUUUGGUUUCAGUUCCAGUAUCUAAUGCAGAGGCUGUGGAAGCUGCUGAGAAGGGGGAUUUAAGGGUGGAAAUUAAUAAUGCUGGUGAUGGGGUGAAAUUGGCUGAGAGAGGAGAAGGGGAUGUGGGGCAAGAGAAGGGAGAAGAUGAUAUGGAUAAGAUGACACUAGGGGAGUGGUUUGAUCGGAUGGAAAAGUUCUUGCCUAUGAUGAUUGAUGAUAUAUCAGAGGAAAUCAUUUCAAGCUUGAGGGAGAAAGCUCGGUGCUUUGAUGAAUUCAUAGCUCAAAGUACGAAUGCGAGCUAAUUUGAUAUGGGUAUGUUAACGCUCUUAAGCAAAGAACAAUUUCUUCCUAUAUAUUGACCAUGAAAUUUAAUUUCUUGCUUCACUUAUUUCCUCAUGACUUGCUGAGUGAUCGAAUUCAUAUGGCUUUUUACGAUGGUAGUAUUUAUGCAUUAGAUGAGAGGAACGGGAACUUUACUGGUUCUAGUGUUUGGUUUGUUAUGAUAAUGAGAGGAAUGAUUUGGAUGGCAUUUCUUUCCUUCUAGCAGGGAAAUUUUCUUGUACAAGACAGGUACAGGUUUGGGCAAAUGACCAAACAGGUUUAGAAGUUCUAGGAGGAGCCUAGAUAGAAUGGUAGGUCUUGGGGCAAGUUUCUCAGCAUCUAGGGUUUCUUCUUUCCCAUAUGCGACACCUUAUAUAAGUUUAUCUUUAUCAAAUAUGUAAGCUGUGAAGCAAUUAUCUUAGAAGAAAAAAACAGUCAUUAUGCUUUUUAUUUUUUAAGAAAAAAGAUGCUCACGAUGGGAGGGAAGAAGAAAAUACUUUAUUACAAAUUUGCACGCCUCUCUUUGUUGCUUUGCUGAGUUGAUCUUUGUGUAGUAUUUGGAUAAAUAGCAUAUCAUAGGCAUAUGACUUUGUGAAUGAGUAUGAUUCAAGCUUAUAUCACAUAUAUUAUUGUUCUGUGUUGUUUUUGACUUCUAAGUUGCUUUUCUAAACUGAGCAAUAUUCCUAUCACUGCAAUCAUGUAUAUGGAGAUGGUUUGCAUCCAUGAAAUGCAUGAAUUUCUAAUUCAUGAAGCCAAUUGCAGCAUGCCAUCCAUCAGCAUUAUUCAGGAACCAUUUACUUUGAACUUGCCAAUAUAUGCAUGCACUAUCACUUUGUCUUCCUCGAUUCUUUCCACGUUCACCAUUUUCUUUGAUGCAUGAAUCUUUGCUAUCUGGCAUUCUGAAAAUGUAAGAAUCUUAAGGCAUGCAAUUUUUAAUUUGGUGGAAAUGGAGUUUGUAGCAGCCAAUCUUUUUAUUGGUCUUCUUUACAGAUAGUAAACCAUUAAUGGUGAUUCUGUGUAAGGUUCUCCACAUGCUUAUCCAGCUGACUCGGUAACUUCACAAUUAAAGGCAUUGAAUAAGAUUUGUUGCAUGUGUUUGAGUUGGAACUGUAGGUUAGCUUCCUCUAUGAAAUUGUUAGCUGUACCUUGUACCUUAUUUGCUUCUUCCAUAACCAAUGAUAUGUGCACCACCUAGUUUCUGUGUACUGCUUAUGAACUCCUUGUUUGUUUUGGUUAAAUACUGACCUACUGAAUAUUGUAAAGGAGCUUAAUCAAUCGAUCUGUGCUUCUUUUGGUCCAUCCGCACAUCCGAAACUACUUGACAAUCUAGUAAAUCAAGCUUACCCCUGUACCUGUGAUAGCUACUAGGCCAAACACUGAAGCGUGAAAUAUGAUCAUCAUGAAAGAGAAACUUUUGACAUCAGAAAUUUAGGGCAAUCUGGUCCUGACCCAAGUUUUUAAACUCGUAUUGAUAUCUUUUUCCUUCCAAAUAAACAGAAUAAAGUAAAUAAAUUCAGAUUUUCUACAUCUUAGAAGAUAGCACUAUAACAGAAACUUGUAAAGAAAAGGGACAAGGAGUUAUCAUCGCGAUAUUAACACUGGAAAAGAAAAGGUUCCAUUUAGGUCACCAAUUGCUUUUAGAAAAACAUAGACUGCAUUAGUAAGCUGUAUGUGAU